AUGGUCCCUGGAGUUGGCGACGAUUUAUUCCUUGACGCAAUUUGUCGGAAUCGAUACUAUGAUGAUGACACUGCAACUCCAACUGCUAUUGAUGAUGAUGAAAAAGAGAAAGAAAGCCUAUAG